UUGCGCUGUUACAAAAAUUGUACACCGUUGCAGCCGUCAAAGAAUACACAACUGAAGUUUUUAUCAUUGCUCAUUUGCUAAAACGUUUUACUCAUAACAAGUAGUUUCCAAUUAAUAUAAUAUCAUUAUGAUCGAUUUAAAAAUCGUAUUGUGUUUUGUCUUUGUGAUUAUUUUCACAAUCCUACACUCGGGCGAGGCAAUCAGUGGUACCAGUUCGAGUGAUGAUACGGAAGCGACAGUAAUCGAUGACACUAUUUGCCUAUCCGAAUCCGAAUCGGACAACAAAUCCGGCAAAGAUAUGUCGACAAUUGGUAACAACCCAACAAUUAGUGUUGCCGGUAGUGAGGCCGAAUCAUCAAAUCGGGACAAGGCAUCUAGUAGCAACAAUGCAAAUGAAGAAAUAGAAGCGACAGUUGAUGGUGCCGAUAGCGAAGACGAACCAGAAAUUGAGGACAUGCGUUUCAUCCACCAAGCCUGCAAAGACUUGUCCGGCUGUCUGAAGGAAAAAGGAUUAUAUCAAUUGUCCACCUUGUUUAUGUUGGGCGUCACGAUAUUUCCGGUGACAUACGAACUACUGGGUUUGGAUAAGACACCGGAAGUCUUGGCUGCAGAAAAAUGGAAAUGGAUAGAAACUCUAUGCCCGGAUCGCAUGACCGACGAUGACAUAAAGUUAACGAAAACCCGACAAAACUGUCGAGAUCUUGCAAAGUAUUGUAUUACCGAAUAUGUAAAGGACAUCUUAUAUCCCGGUCUUAAAAGUCGACUGCCACUUGAAGCGAAAAUCGACAGCUUCGGUAACGCGACGGACACAAUUAGUGGCAAAGUGAUUUAUAAGAAAGCCGAGUUCUUUCCAGGCAACGGCCAUGAACAUUUUAAGAAAGAACCAAUUCUCGAUCCUCCCACUGAAACUGUUCCCGUUGAACGUUUAUAACAAUUUCUGUACCUUCGUUUCAAGUUUAAACCAAUAAUCGCUAUGUAUUGUUAUUCUAUUUUAUGCACUUAAAUCGCUAUAUUUAAUUCAAGUUAUAUUAUUGUUCAACAUUAUUUAUUGUAUUGUGAGCUUUAUACUAUUAUUAUAGUGUUCAUUCAUUCAUCA